ACAUGUGUAUCUACACAUGACACAUCCAAUAUUUACAACAAACCGGUGCGCUGGGGAGAAAUAACCUUAAAGCUCUCAUCUUUAUUUAAUUGUUUGUUGUCGGCGAAUCGUUUUAUCGACUCAAUUCAACAAAAUGCAGCCAGUACAAAAAAAUGUGAUCUGUUUAUAUUCGCAUGAAAUGGUUAGCGAUCUGCGCGCAACAAUUCAACGAACCAAAGAAAGUGGAUAUGACAUGAUGGUUUGCUCUUUAGUUGCGCCCGCUUUGAAUCAUAGAAAAAGUGUGUCCAAAGAGGGAAAAAGUUUCUCCAGAAGUGAUAUUAUUCUGGAAAGCCAGGAAUGGAGCAACAAUAUCAUUGCCAAAAUUAACGAAGAAUUCGAUUGUGACUCCAGCAAUGAGACCAUUCGGUUACACAGCCAGAACAUGUUAUCUCGUGAAUUGGAUUUCGCCGAUCAUGUCAUCACUUACGGUUUCACUAUAGUGAAAGUGACUGGCGGAAAUACAACGAAUCUAGCCAGGAUCAUAUCGUCUAAACAAACCAAAGGUCAAUUUUUGAUUGAAAUUCCAAUGGUAAAUCCACAAAGCCUGUGUGAUGAGCUGUACGAUUCGAAUGAUACAACUCAAAUCGAAUAUGAAGACACGUGGAACUGGUGGAACACAUUUCGUACAACUGCCGAUUUUAGCAGUAAAUUGUCGAUUGCCUUAGAAUUGUCCGCUGACAUUCCAUCUAAGGUAGAAGUGUCCAGAUGGCAGGGUGAACCGGUUGGUUGUCUUAUUAUUCCAUCGCAGCUAUUUAUUCGUAACAAUAACAACUAUCCUGUCCUAACCCGAGCGCAUCAGAAUUUGAUUAUGAGCUUCAAGGAAACCAUAAAUAGUAUGGCUGUGAUGGUCAAAUGCAACUCCGAAGAUGGUAGCUUGCGAUACUACUCGGAUUAUUUGAGAAAUUUGUUGUCGAAGAAUCCGAUUACGGAUCCAAUGUAUGGCUUUGACGACGUGUUGGAAAUUCCAUUACAACCGCUGUACGACAAUUUGGACAGUUAUACUUACGAGGUAUUUGAAGCCGAUCCGAUCAAAUACUUGUUCUAUCAAAAGGCCAUCGAAAGAGCAUUGGUGGAUCUGGUUGCAGAGAACGAAAUUGCUACCAAAACUAUUAUCUUAAUGGUCGUUGGUGCUGGUCGUGGACCGUUGGUGCGUUCAUCGUUGAAUGCUGCCGCCAAAACGGGACGAAAAAUCAAAAUUUACGCGAUCGAAAAAAAUCCGCAUGCCAUCAACACCUUGCAGUCCUUGAUCGAUGAAUUGUGGAAAGACAAAGACAUAGAGCUCAUCGCACGAGACAUGCGAGACUUUCAUCCACCGGAGAAGGCUGACAUUUUAGUGUCCGAAUUACUGGGUUCGUUUGGCGAUAACGAACUGUCACCGGAAUGUUUAGACGGUGCACAAAAUCUCCUGAAACCGACUGGCGUUAGCAUUCCAAGCAAAUACACAUCGUACAUCAAUCCCAUUAUGUCCUCAAAGGUGUACAAUCUCAUUCGUCGAUGUAAUGAACGAUCGAAUUCGCGUGACCGCAUCAGCUCGUCGCAAAACCAGUCCGAACACAUGUACGUGGUGUACCUGAAGAAUGGAUUUCACAUUGCGAGUCCGCAACCGCUGUUCGAAUUUGUUCAUCCGAAUUGGAGUGAAACCAUUGACAAUUCUCGGUUUGCAAGUGUUACAUUUGAGACGCCAAUUGAUUGUGUCGUCACUGGAUUCGCUGGAUAUUUUGACACUGUUCUAUACAAGGACAUCAUGCUGAGCAUUCAUCCCGUAACGCACUCUAAGGGUUUAGCCUCAUGGUUUCCGGCCUAUUUCCCGAUAACGGAACCGAUUUUCGUGAAGAAAGGAGAACAAAUCACAACGAAUUUCUGGAGAUGCGUAGCUCCGAACAAAGUGUGGUACGAAUGGAGUAUGGGUACACCGACUACGACACACAUUCACAAUCUGAAAGGAAUUCAUCAUGCCAUUUAUCUUUAGUUGGAUUUUUACAUUAUUUCCCCUUUUUAUUUCAUCUUUUAUCUUAUUUUUACUUUGUUUAAGUUUUGAAUUCAAUUUAUCAGCACGUUUCCUUCUCAUAGGUUAUUACUCAUUUGAAUGACGUGCAUGGAACGUAGUUUAGGUAUAUUUUUUGUAUGAAUUAAAAAUAUGGUAAACAGUAAACAUGUUCAAAUUAGAGCUGAGAAUUAUAUGUGAACUUAACAUGAAUAUGUAGAAUGUUCCAAGAAAAAUUCGAAAAUUUAAAAUUAUUUGGCCUAACA